UGUAGCUCAAAGUGAUGAGCAACUGAAGGACUCUUGGUCAGUGGCUUCUCUAUCCAAACCAAAAAUGGUGACAAGAGUAGAGGAGGAGGAGAAAGGUGCUGUGGAUUACACAGAGGAUGGGACACUGGAUCUAAAGGGCAGACCUGUCCUAAGAUCAAAAACUGGGAGAUGGAAAGCUUGCUCCUUCAUUGUUGCAUAUGAAUUGUUUGAAAGGAUGGCAUAUUAUGGGAUUGCAUCAAAUCUGGUGCUGUACUUGACAAGGAAACUGCACGAGGGCACUGUGAAAUCAGCAAACAAUGUCACAAACUGGGUGGGGACUGUUUGGAUGAUGCCGCUUCUGGGUGCCUACGUCGCCGACGCUCAUCUCGGCCGUUACUGGACUUUCAUCAUCGCCUCAGGCAUUUACCUUGUGGGAAUGUGCUUAGUGACUCUUGCAGUUUCGCUGCCAGCCCUGAGACCUCCAUCAUGCAGCCAUGAGGUACAAGACUACGACUGCGACAAACGGGCCUCGCCGUUUCAAGUGGGCAUCUUCUACUGUGCGUUGUACAUAAUAGCUGUCGGAACCGGCGGAACCAAGCCCAACAUCUCGACCAUGGGCGCGGACCAAUUCGACCAAUUCGAGCCCAGGGAGAGGAUCCACAAGCUCUCCUUCUUCAAUUGGUGGAUGUUCAGCAUCUUCUUUGGCAUCCUUUUCUCCAAUACUUUCCUCAUAUAUAUACAGGACAAUGUGGGCUGGACUGUGGGCUAUACCCUCCCAACAGUAGGGCUGGCCGUGUCGAUACUGAUCUUUCUUUUGGGCACACCUUACUAUAGACACAAACCUCCUUCAGGGAGUCCAUUUACUAAGAUGGCUAGGGUUUUGGUGGCUACGGUGAGGAAGUGGGAAAAGGUUGUCCCAAAUGACCCAAAAGAGCUUUAUGAGCUGAGCUUGGAUGAGUACUCCAAACCUGGAAAGUUCAGAAUUGACUCCACCCCUUCAUUAAGACUUCUUGACAAAGCUGCCGUAAAGAGUGGACCAAGUACACCAUGGAACCUAUGCCCAGUAACCCAAGUUGAAGAAACCAAGCAAAUGAUAAAAAUGAUUCCAAUUCUAAUUGCAACAUUCAUACCCAGUGCCCUGGGAGCACAGAUAAACACACUUUACAUCAAGCAAGGCACCACACUGGUGAGGAGCAUGGGUCCCAAUUUCGAAAUCCCCCCUGGCUGUCUCACAGCGUUCAUAACCAUCUUCAUGUUGGUCAGCAUUGUCCUCUACGACCGACUCUUUGUCCCUGCAAUCCGAAAGUACACGAAAAACCCGAGAGGGAUCUCACUACUGCAGAGAAUGGGAAUUGGCCUAGUAUUGCACGUCGUCAUCACAGUCGUCUCUUGCUUAGCUGAGAGAAAGAGAUUGAGUGUUGCAAAAUCACAUGGCAUUACGGAAAAACACCAAAUCGUACCUCUUAGCAUCUUCAUUCUCCUCCCUCAAUUUGCACUAAUGGGGGUGGCCGACAACUUUUUGGACGUCGCAAAGCUCGAAUUCUUCUACGACCAGGCACCGGAGGGAAUGAAAAGCCUUGGCACUGCCUAUUUCGCCAUCAGCUUGGGAGUUGGGAAUUUUCUCAGCAGCUUCCUUUUAUCGAUGGUGGCUCAUUUUACAAAGAGACACGGCCACCCGGGUUGGGUUCUGGACAACCUAAAUGCCUCUCGUCUGGACUAUUACUACGCUUUUUAUGCUGUGCUGAGCUUUCUCAACCUUCUCUUCUUUCUGGUUAUUUCCAAGUUCUUCGUGUAUAACGCAGAGCUGGACAACGAACGCGGAAAAGAGUUGCAAGAAGCCAUUGUAGGUUCGCCAAACCACUCAAAAUAAGGUUCCGGCAUGUUUCAUUUGCUUCUUAGAAACAAAUACAAAGAUUAUUGAAAUAAUGCCCAUUGUAUAUGAAAGAAAAGGCAUAGAAAUGUCAAAUGAUGAUGUUAAAAGAUUUAAGGUC